CCACCCCCUCGUGUACCGUGCCGCCCUUCAGAGGGCGGCUUGACGAUGUGGAGCUGUCGCGGUCUCUCGGCUGUGGCGCCGUGCCGGUGGUCGUGGUGGGGCCUGGCCCCUAGCCGGGUGGCACCGGCCCGGGGCGAGCGGGCGAGCACCACCACCACCGCCACCACCGCCACCACCACCGCCCGCACGGCGCGACUCCCUGGCCAGCCCGCCAGACGGGACAAGGCCCGCGCUGCCAAAGGUCACAACGCCGGGGCUCGUUCAUUCAUUUCGUGUCCAUCGCAACAAGUUAUUCCGCUGCUCGGCGUGCCUGCUGGUGAAGAGGUGGCAAGAGGGGAAGGCGGGAGCUCGGUGGGAAACAGUGGUGGCAAUGGGGAGUGGAGCACCAAGGAGGAGCAGCCGCUGGGCGAGUUCGUUGCCAGCGUCGCUCAGGAGGCGGUCACACACGGCGCGAUGCGGGGCCGGCCCUCAGCUGCUGUGGCCUCCGCCGUGGAGAUGGCUGCACAGGGCCUCCUGGACCUGGGAUUCUCACAGCAUCAAGUCCGCUGUCUGGUGCGGAGCAGCCCUGCCGCGAUGCUGCCCUCCGCACCACAUGAUCAAGCUGGCGCACCGGCCGUGGUCUCGUCGCUGCGGGCACUGCUGGCACUGGGGCUCAGCCGGGCGACGUGCAUGAGGGCCGUGACGCAGCAGCCUCAGCUCGCGCUUACGGACGCGCUCGUCAUCCAGGGCAGGGGGCGGGCCCUGAGGCGGCAUGGCCUCGGAGAAGGCUGGCUGGAGCAUGCUGUCGCCUCCACCCCGGAGCUGCUUGCGCAGACUGAGCGAAGCAUUUCUGAGCGCGUAAAUAUGCUGCGCUCCGACUGCCUCUUCAAUGGCAAGCAGAGCCAGGAGAUCGCUCGCACGACCCCGCGCGCCCUGCUGCACACGCCAUACCACUUGCAGUUUACCUUCCAGUACGCCUAUUUCCGCAUGGGCAUGUCGCACGCCGAGAUGGUAACCACGCGGAUUUUUGGUGCGGAUCAGCGCCGCGUCCGGACACGCCACCAGUUCCUGGAGCGGCGCGGCCUGUUCAGCGUGGAGCGGUCGGGCCCGCACGCGACGCCAGAUCCUCGCGGUCCAUCCCAGCCUGGACUCGGCUCGUCGCAGAAUCCCAAAGCCGCGCAUAUCAUCCGCCUCCCCGAUGGCGUUUUCCUCACAAAGCUUGCCAACGGGGCUUCCAAAGAGGAACUGGAGGUGUUUAGCCGCCUGCUUGCCCGGGAAGAGUUGGACGAAGAGUCGCAGGAGGGAGAAGAUUCUGAAAAUGAGCUUGAGGUAGAGGAGGAGGUGGAGGAGGAGGCGAUGGACAAUUCCGGGUCGGACAGUGAAGAGGAGAGUGACAGAAGAACGAGAAGAAAACCAUGAUUUGACAUGGAGCAAGAGGUGCAAUGCUUUUUUUUUACUUAAUAAUGUUGAUGAUAAAAGCAUCCCCAUCAUAGGAAUGUGGAAUGUCCACCACUGGCUCAGGGUUGUAAAUAGAAGAUGAGCACCGCCUCAAUUCUCAUUUGAGCAGGAAAUCACUUAGAUUUUGACUCGUACAAAAAAUGAUCAUCUGAGUACACUUCCCAAUCACAGCUCACAUCAGUGGUCAGUGAUAACCAGUCCUCAUUUUAUCAACCCACACUGUCCUGCACAGUGAAGUAUGGUCAAACACUCCCUUCAACCAGCACAGUGUGGGGCAGUCUCCGAUAAAUCAUUUUUACAUUUUAUAAAUCACUUAGAACGCAGUUAAAUGUUAAAUUAAUUGUUGAUCACCACCAUGAAUCUCAUUCAGCGGCGCGGUGCUGUUAGUGGAGUGUUUUUCUCACCGGAAGGUUCGUGAAUUUGAAUUCUGGUCGACACGUCCCGGUAUGGGUAGGCCCCCACUGUGCAGCUCUAAAUGCGUUCCCAAAUAAAAUCUAUAUGUGGCUGUACCUUGGUGGGUUUGAACAAUAUUAAAGGAACACCUAGGUUUAUGUUUAAUUAUUAUUUAUGCUCUAAAUCUAUAUUUUUUUGUCCCAUCUGGUCAGCACAUGAAAGUUGUAUAGCCAAGUAUUUUGCAGUGAGCUUCAUAGGUUUGUCCUCUGUGGCAAAAUCAGUUGCAUACGACUGUAUUUCUAUCCCAAUUCUUGCACUGUAUGUAAUGCCAGAAUAUUGUUUUACAGCAAAAUAAAGACAAUUGCAGUUGCACGAUAAA